CAGGAACGCAGUUUGCCCUCAUUGAAAAUCUGGCUCAAAAUAAUGCCCGGAAGUGAAGGCGAGAAAUCAUCAUCCCUAGGGCUCCCUGGAGAAAUCGCGGCUUUCCCCUACCAGUAGUGUCUCGCAUGCCGAUAGAGCGCAACGCUGGAACGUUGUCAGUUUCUGUUUGGCAAUGAACGACUUCAUCUUUGUUUACAUCGUUGGCUGUGCACUUUUCUUCCAAGGCGCGUUCCCUUUAGAUGAUGAUGGUGAGAUCACGAGGGAAGAAGAAAGACUCCCGCCUUAUCUCAAAGAUGACGGAAUCAAAAGGGUUGCUAAGCUCACGGAAAGCAACUUCAACAAGACAAUGAAAGCAAGUCGAUUACUAGCGGUGUUGUUUUACUACGCGAACAAGGAAGAUCAAGAGGCCGAUCGGUCAUGGAAGACGGACGAAAAGAUGCUUGAGGUAAGCUGCUAGCAGGGAGGCUAUAUGAAAAAGGACGAUCAUGAGUGCGGAAGCUCGUACCUUAAGCUUGGAUCCAAUUUAAUGCACGUUUAGUACCGCAGACGGUACAGGAUCUUUAGUCUUGUUUAUCUUUCAUAUGAAGAUAAUCCUCUUUGCUAUAACAUUCAUCUCGCGUUUGCCUGAAUUAUAGUUUGAAAUCUUCGUUAAAGUUCUUAUGCAGGCAUCUGAAUAUUUUAUGGAAUUAUCUUAGAGAUAAGUCACACAUAAGUAUUGGAUUGCUUUCAGCCUAUAUUUCCUUUUUGCUUUAGCUAAUUCGUUUGGGUAAAUGUUUGAUGCACGAUUGGUUCUCUUUUAAAAAAUAGAUUUAUAUAAAUGGUCCUAAACAUCAAAAGGACACAAAAUCGUAAAAAAUGAUCCAAUUCAAAAUUUUAACUAAAGAAAAAAAGCUUGCAGUUUUAAACUUUAGCAUAUUAGUGGUAAGAAAUUGUGAAGAUAGUGUACUUAAUGCUGAGAAUAUUAUUCCUGUAAUUAUGGAGACCUAAAGUCAUGAAUGAUUAAUUCUAUCUUGUGCUAAUUGACAGUGUAAAUUGCUUUUUAAUAAUAAAUGAUUUGCGUAGAUCAACCACAGAAUAUAAAACUGGUGGUUCUUGAAGUGAUUUUGCCUUUAAUAUACUGUAAUCAAGUUGGAAUUGUACUGAAAGAAUUUCUUUAAAAAGAUUUCAAUUUUUGAAAAGAUUUAUAUUUAAAUAUGAUCUUUUCCAUAUUGCAGUUUUAUGAAAAAUUAUUUUCAUUUUUUCAGCUGAACAAAUCUUAUUCAGUUAUAAUAUUAAACAUGUCAGUCUUAAUUUUUUUUUGAAAGUACAAGAACAUUAUAUUAAAGGGUGUGGAGUGGGCUUAAAAUUGCCCUUACAAUAACAUUUUAAUUAUUUUUUCUACACUAAUGCUUAAAAUUUUAGGUUAAUUGCUUAAGGUUUUGGAAAUUUUUUAAAUUUUCAGCUGAAAUGAUAUUUUCCUGUCUGAAUUUCAUUACCAUUAAAUGAGACAAAGACAAUCCAGCAAAUUCAAUCUAAAGAAAAAUUUGAAACAUAAAAUUUAUACUUAGUUACAAAAAAGUGUCUUAAUUAUCUUGAGAUCCCAGUUGUCACAUUAUUUUCAGACAGAGGUGAUUAAAAUAUUCUCAAAAUUGAAAUAAGCAAAAAAAGGGUUUUUUCAGCUAUACUUGAUACAGAUUUUGUGAAGAUAAUGCUAACUGAAAAUGCUUCAUUUUAAAAUUAUUAUUGGCCAUAAGGGGAGAUAUUUAGAAGUAAAAAUUAUCAAAGAUAAUGGAGUAUUUGAGUAUUUAUUUUGCUAUAAUCAUCUACAUAAUUUGUAAUUUUUUUCUGUCCUUUAUAAAUUUUAUUAAAGGACAGAAAAAAAAUUACAAAUUAUGUACAUGAUUUUUCCUUGCUAUUCAAACCGUAAAAAGAGAUUAAAAAAAGAAAAAAAAACCAGCUGUUUACAUAAGAGAGAUAAAGGGAUGUUAACUACAACUCCAUUUAUAUUUCCACUCUGAAAGGAUAACUUGAUCUCUGCUUGAAAAAUAAUGUAACAUACAUGUGUCAAACUUGUUUUUAUCACUCAUUUCCCCUCGGAUUCUGUUUGAGGAAUUGCUUUAUCUUUACAUCAAUUUUCUUCUAACAUUUUCCAUACACCAUCAAGAGAAAAGGUUAUGAGAACUGAUAAAAUGAUCACCAAAGGCAAAAUGUGUUGAUCUUCUAUCAAAUUCUCUCAACUAACUCUUAAAGAAAAUGUAUGGAGGUCAGUUGAGAGAAUUUGUAGGUAAUUAUGUGAAUAAGGGUACUCUUCUCUACAAUGGUAUCUCACAUAAGAUGAGACCUCUCACAUGGUCACCUCCCUUUUCAGGGGACACUAAUUGCAAGAGGACAAUCUUCAUGAGGGUGUGGUCUUAACUUGAAGGGGACAUCUCGCUUAAUGGGACACCUUGUGCAUUUAAUUAUUCCUCUCCUCCCUUAUAGGCAUAGGGCACACCUGAUAAGAUUACUUGGAUCAAUUUAGGUCUCUGGGAAAAUGGCCACCCACCCCUCCCCUAAGUCAACAUUAUCACUUACUUCUCACCUAGGGCAAAUGUUGGCCUAGGGGAGGGGUAAGUGGGCAGUUUCCCAGAAGCCUAAAUUGAUACGAUUACUCUUCUAUAGGGUCAACUGUGGAUAAGAAGACACCCUUCAUAGGGGUUCCUCUAUGCCGCUUGUUAAGGGGGCACCUUUACUUGAGGAGCCAAGUCUCAUAAUGGUCCUUCUCCUUCCAUACAGGAACAUAUUCCUUAAGAGCAUACUACAUGUACAUUUACCUUUCCUUUAGGGUUAUCUUAAAUAAGGGGAAUCCCCCUCUCCAUAAUGGGGUACCCUCUACAGGGCACCACCUACCAAAAUGGUACUUCUCUCUCCUUAAUUAAGGGGGCAUAUCCCUUAAGGAUACAUACACACAUACCGGUACCUCUCCUUUACAGGGAUAUCGUGUAUAAGAGGACACCUUCCACAAUAGUACCUCUCCUUUCAGGGAACACUUAAUAUAAGAGGAGACUCUCUCAUGAGCGAUUGCCCCAAUCUAGGCCUCUGGGGUAUUACUAUGUAGCUUCCCCUUUAUUAGGGGCUAAACUUUAUAAGGGAACACUUACCACUGAAUCCUUUUCCUUCCACAUGGGGGUGGAUCAUUUAAGGUUUGCACUUGUGCCACUCCCUUGUCCUUUAUAGGAAACUUUGCUUUAUGAUAAGAGGAGACCCACAAAAGUGGCUUCUAUAUAUUCUUCUUUGUUUUCACUGUCAUGCCCUCAGAAAUAAAAAUGCAAAACCGCAGGGUUGUCACUAAGAUUUCAAGUUUCUGGGUAAAUACAAUAAGUAGGCGGGGAGUGAAACAGCUGGGGAUAUCUUUUGGUUCUAUUUUUCUUCUAUUUUCUAAUAAAAGUAGCUGGGGGCCACACUCAUAGUAGCCGGGGAAAAUCCCUGGCCCCCGGCUCUUAAUGACAGCCCUGGUGAACCAUUCAAUACAGAAAAUCCAGAAUAUGGGAAAUGGAAGAAGAUAAAUAUACAAAAAGCCUGGCCAAGAAUCAGGUCUGUGUGAGAUCUCGUAUGCGAGAAAUUCGGAAAAAACGUUUUACCCAAAUUUAUAUAGAUUUGGAUGGAGAUGCCAUGUUGGUGUCCCUUUAAGGGUCUCAAAUACUGCCGCUGGAAACCAACAGAAACAUUUGUUUUUGAGUUUUUCUUCAAAUGCAUAAAUUCAUCGCUUGAGGAACUCAUAAAGAUUAAAGUAAUAUUUAUUCUGAGACAAAGAAUGUUUAAAUAGCAAAAUGUCAAAAUAUCGGUAACGUUUUUAACCCACACAAGAGCUUUCCCGGCCGCCAGCAAAAUGUCGCGUCACGCAAAACAAAGCACCCUUUCGAACUGGAAAUUUGUAGGUUUUUAGGUGCUGUAAUACCUCAUGGAAGUAGAAACUCAGAAGAAUCGAUGGUUUGUGAGUUUGAAUUUUGGUGACAUCAUUUGAAAACCCAGAAUACACUAAGGAGAAAAGGGGGCCACUUCCCACCUUCCAUGCAUAAGGGGUAUAUCCCUGAAGCAGACACAUGUAGUUAAUCUUCGAGGAAACACCAUCCAAAGGGGGAAGCUUUCCAUAAGAUAGCCUCACCUAUAAAGGAACACCUUCCACAGACAUUGUCUUUCAAUAGCACAAAAUUUUCCUGAUGUUUUUUGACGGGUGUAGAUGUAAAUAUCUGACUAUUCACAGCGUGUAAGAAUUUGUCCCUUCUUAGGCUGUUUACAGUUUUCUCUUUCUAAAAUCAAUUACCCCUUAAAAAAAAAUCUUUGCAUGUUCUGGAAUGUACAGAAAAUUUUGGUCUCGAUAGAAGGUUUCGAAAAAACCCUUGCGCAAACCAAAUCAACCAAAAUCCCCCUUAAAAAGUGAGCCUCUAAUAUGUGUUUUUCCGCCCACAGAUUGUUGCAAGGAUUCUUCAGCCACAGGGUGUGACUAUAGCUGUUGUCAAUAUCGCAGAAAGCAUGUCUCUAGCGCAAAGUGUGGGUAAGUUCACUGUUAUUCCUUUGAAUAACUCGAAGAAUUGACUCAAAGCCAGAUUCAGAUUCGAUAUUUUUAUACUGAUAAAUUAUGAUAGUGUUGAUCGAUAAACUUAUAUACGUUGGUCUGUUUAAAUGUCUUGCAGGUGUUAAAUACUCUGGUGCAAUUAUGGUUUUUCAUAAGGGAAAGACAAUAGAGUAUUAUGGUCACAGGUGAAUGAUUAGACAGCUGAAGAAGAGUUAUUUUUUUGCGUUUUACAGUUGACCGAAGGCAAGCACAAAAAGAGCGAGGAGUCCGCGCCUUUCCCCGCAGUGCGUGUCUCUUGCUCCACGCUUUCCUGCUUCGUUCGCCCAAAAAGGCGAACAAAUAGCGCCUGUUCUACAUGUUAGUGAAUGAUACCCUUUCUUGACAUGUAGCAAAGAAAAUCACUUUGUAUCAAAGUUGACCCUGAAUGCGGCGUUCUUAAUGUGGAUAAAAAAGCUGGUACUUUUACUUCCGAUUAUUUCCGUUGAAAAGGCUUUCGCAGUGAAACGACGGUCAGAAAGUACCCGCCCGCGUACGCAGGGCCAUACUUGUAUGUAUGCGAAAUUGCCAAAAACGGAGAAAAAUUUCAAUUUUCAAAAAUACCCGGAUACGUAUCGACGAGGCCUGGCAUCAGUAUCCCAAUUAAGGCGCGGUAAAAAAGCAUCCAGUAGUGUGGCGUUGAACGGUGCUUUGGCAAAUUUGCUGAGAGUUCCGCAAAAUUUAUUCCUACACUGACUUGGCAAGGCAAGCCAAGUCACAAUUCAUGCAAAAAGUAAACGAAUCUGUUAUAAUUUAAUAAUCAAACUCGAUCGCAAUCACGAAAUGAAAUAAGCUUUAAAAAUACACACACGGAACAUUUCAAAAACACACUCAUAAUUAUACAUAAUUAUGCAAACGUUUGAACAAUCAACCAAUCAGAAUCACCACCCGAUUUUCGGGUAGUGACGUCACUGGACGGUAUUAACGGCCGGUCGAUUCAGACGUUGCUGAGAGGAGAAAACGACUCAAAGUAAUUGUCUGAAAUUCAGGCUAGCCUUUAUCGCCAUAUACAAAAUGGUCUUGCAGAGUAAUGAAGAAGCCAUCAAACAAAUUUCAUCAGGGAUUACUAACCAUGAUAUUUGUUUGUUUGGAUGAUAUUUGCAGGCAUAACAUUAAAAUUUGAAAAUGUUGACCCAACUUUUUCAAGUUUUUUUAAUCCAUGCCCACCCUUGCUAUCCGUGGCAACAGACAGCAGGAAAAAGGUUUCAAUGCCUAAAAAUAGUCUUAAAUAAAAAAGCUGGACCAUUAUUUUUGAAAUUCAAUUGACGCGGAGACAAGUUUUAGCUUUUUAAGAAGAUAGCAAAUGGCCUGGUAUGGCCCCUUUUAAUCAACACACUUUUUUCGAUUUUUAACAGGUCAGCAGAUAUUCUUGUAGGAUUUUUGCACAAGGUUAGUCCAGCAAGUUUUAAAACGAUAUACGUUAUUAGAAAACGUGAUGCACAUAGAAUUUUAACCUAAAAAUAGAGCUACAUCACUUUAGAAGUGCAGUCGAACUUCCCAUAAGCGACCUCCCACAUGGCUAAAAUUUGGUGGUUGCGUACAGGCAGUGGUCGCGUGCGAGAGGUUCCAAUUUAAGGCAUUGGCUGGGUAACUGAUAUUGACUUUUUGGAUUGCUUGUCAGUUUCUCCGUUUUGCUGUUUAAGAAACUUUAUAUCAGCACUUUUACGCUAGAAAAUGAUUCCUUUCUUUUGCCGCGAUGCCUUCUCAAUGAACCAAAUGCAAAAAAGCGCGCGACUUCUACAACUGUAUGAAAUAUAACUCUUCCAAAAUACAAAAUUGACAUUCAGCGUUAUUACUAGCUGCACAAGUGGGCAAGAUGAAGCGAUUCCUGUGUUCUGAUUGGCCGCCGAGCGGGCAAGACGGUCGCAUCUUGUCCACCUGUUCGCUUUUAAUUUUGUGGUUGUUGUUGUUUGUAUGGACUCCUACUCUAUCACGGUCCAUGAAAUACACAACAGGUGUAAUCUCGUACCCAGAUCUCAGGUGAGGUGGGGAGAAACUGGGGCGUAUCUGAAGACACCUACGGAUGAAAACUACCUCGCAGUCUGUUCGCCAAUGUUGACCGCUUGCCAAGAUUUACUUUAUUAAAUCAGAGUAGAAUAUUCGGGCUAUAUUUCAAAAGAACUCAAUGACUGGUCCUCGGGAAACUAGUUAAUUUUGCUUUCUUCGAAUUUCAUUGUUUCCUUAGGCGGAACCUUGCAUGGUAAGCAUCGCGAAUCUCGGAAAGAACUUAUAUUUUAAGUUUCCGGAGGGGCUCGUUAUUAAGCGUUUUGUUUUGAUAAUGCCCCUUUUUAUUGUCAGAUGUUUGAAGCUCCAGUCACCUUUAUCGAAAGCAAGAAACAGAAAACUUCAUUUGAAGAUGUGGAUGGCAAUAAAGUGAUUGGCUAUUUGGAGAAGGAUUCACCUGGUACGUCAAAUAACAUUAAUUUUCCGGAUUUCAAUACAUUUUCAUACAGAGGUGUCAUCAGAUAUCGUCGGACUGGCAAAAUCAUGAUUUUAAGUACAAGAUAUCAGAGCAUGUCAAACUCGUCAGUGAGACCGCAAAAUAGGCCGUAUUUUUGCGUAGGUCAAGAAAGCGCAGGCGGUCACAGAAAAGGUCUGAAGGGAGGGGAGACUGGAGAGAGACGCGAAAAGUACGGCUUUUUCAUUUUUUUUCUGCCUUCGUUUUUUCUUUUGCCUCACACACUAUAGGGCUCUGCGAGGCUCGCGUUUCGCGCAAGGAUCUCACGCGAGUGAAGACUGACGGCGAGACGGGUCAUCCUCAGUUAUUUUUGCGCUUACUUCUCUUUUCGCUCCUCUCGACUAACUGAGGUUUAACAAGCUUAAGUCACUCUCAUAGCAUGAUUUCCGACCGAUAGGGAAAAAGGAAAGACACGCCUAAGACCCUCCCCCCAUCCCCUCGGCUAUAGCCACCCUUAGUACACUUUUUGAGCACAUUUUUUUCUUUAACAAAAGCGAUACUACUUCUACCUUUCACGUUAUUUUUUGUCUUUUUUCAUGUAGAAAUAAAAGCGUUUGAGAAUUCUGCCAAGCAGUACCAACCGUUACUUCCAUUUUUUGCAGUCUUUGAUAAAAAGGUAUGUUAUAUUGUUAUGGGUUGUACUGUUAUAUUGUUUUAGAGCACCAUUAGGUGCAAGUUAACCGCGGUCCCAUGAGCGAUUCUUUAGCUUACAAAGGCAACUUGUUAUUUCACAAGAGAAGCGACGCCAGCUAAGCUUAAGUCGGUGAAAUGGCUAUGCUUAUACAAAUCAAUUGAAAUCAUGGUCUACCAUCUGUUACCAGUUUGUAUAAUGAUUUCUAUUAAUUAGCGGAAGCGUUGUGGUGAACUGGUGAACAAAUCGGAUCUUCGAAGUUUGAGUUCAAUCUUUUCCAUCGCGUUGUUAUCCUGGACAAGAAACUUUGCUUCAUCUUGUCCUUCUACACUCAAUUCACUGCGUUUUUACGUGUGCCGGUCAUAGGCGGUGGAGCAAGGGGCGCAGGGGGUCCAUACCCCCCCAAGCAAAAACUUGGGGGAGCCCCCCCACGUUUUGGUGCCGAAAAGCACUUUUAAAGAUGCAUUUCACAAUACCGGUGACGUAGGCAUCUUCAGAGGGGACAUUUUUUGCCCUCAGACGAAUCAAGAACUACCUAAGAAGCACCACGAAGCGGGACCGCAUGAGCAACUGCCUACUGCAUGAUGCAUUGUCUAAAAUCGAUUACGGACACACUAGACACUGUGAAGAUUGCAGAGAGGUUUGCGUGUGCCAGUGAACAACGCAAAGAGCAUUUUGGAAAAUCUGAGAAGGGGUCUGCGUAUGGCUGAGUGGAAGAUGACGUUUCAAAACACUCCGCUGCCUCUGCCUGCGUCAUUCUGCUCUGGGUUACACUGUGAUAGACUAUUAUCCCGCUCAGGGAGAUGUGCAUGGGAAGAAAAGAACUCUUACUCCUAUGUUUGGUGCCUGUGUGCACGGUGUCCGAGUACGGUACUCACUGGGCUUUAAUGUGAACACACCUUUUUCAAGUACCCACAAAAGGAAUUCAGGCACCGUCGAGUCCUUGUACUCGGACACUUAGGUAGGCACAGGAUCCCUGUGUGCUCACCGUUUUUAUUAGUUCCAGGGCAAUCCCGCUCUUCUCGGGUUCCCUGCGAAGCUCAAGUUUUAAAAUGGCGUCUGACGGGGCGAAAGGGAGUAACUGUGCACACAGUUUCGUAUCGGGUACUAGCUCAAGGUGUGAACACAACACCAUUUUGUGCCAGUAUCCAGGCACUGGUUCCCUGGCCUGACACCAAGUGUGGACAGCCCUUUAGAUGCUUCAUACCUAUUGAAACCUGGGUAACUCAGCACCUGCUGAAUGGGCCUCAUGCGCUUAAGCAACGACAACGGCGACGGCAACGAGAACAGCAAAAAAGCAAAAGGGUUUAGAUUGGCAAAACAACAACUUUGCACGUGCAUCACGCUUUUUUGUACAUUUGUUUGCCGUCACCGCACGACUACAACGUGAAAAUACCUAAUUUCACAUUUUUGUUGAGAACGUGAACAAAAGACAACGACUUUACAGUAUUUUAGAAUUCAGCUCCAGAAAAAAAUUGGCAAUAUUUGACGAGUUGAACGAGAUGGAAUAAGCGCGAUAAAGUUUGAAGCAGCGUGAAUUCACCUUUUAACUCCUGACGUUUUCGGAGCCGUAGUUGUCGUUGUUGCUUAAAUUCCGUAAUGAUCCAAAGCGCGCAGGGCUUAACCUUAUCCUUACUUUUCCAUUGCUAUCUUGUUUUCACCAGCUCGCCAAAUCAUUUAGGUUCAAGAAGCCCAAAAGUAUACAACUGCUAAAACCAUUUGAGAAACCUGUUUCCUUUCCGUCGAAUGAGGUAAGGGACGCUUUAUAAUGGGAAUUCAAAACCUUGCCACGAAAAAUGCUUUUUCAAUGGACAGAAAGCGCUCAUGCGCAUAGUUGACAUAAUUAAAAAGGAAAAUAAAAACCUGACGAAGAUCGAGGAUAGAACCGUCCAUGUGGCCCAAGUUUGCCUCCGGUCGCGAGGAAAAGCCAUAAUAAUAAUAAUAAUAAUAAUAAAGCCUUUAUUUAAAGAGGGUAGCACUUAAUAGCCAAAGGCUAAUAAACUUGUGGCUGAGUAGAGUUUUAGCUGGUUGUAGCCUCCUCCGCAGGCUUCACUGUCCUGUUUUAGAGAACGAGUGGGAGAAUGGGGAGAGAACGGGGAGACAGCUUUUUUCCUUUUCUCGUCCUCAAACUCCUCACGGUCAGUGUAAUCGGAGUUUCACUUUUCAAAAUGAGGCCAAGUGCACAACCUUUCUUGUGAAAAUGAGUUUUAUUUGCAUGAAAAUGAAUAAUCAUUUCCAUAUCAAAGGCUGAGCACUUAACCUCGUUUUUUUCCGGGGAACUCGGAAAUGGCUUGUUCUUUUCCUUGGCAUCCUCCAUGCUGCGGGCACUGCGGUUUUCCCGUUGCCUGAAAAGCCACUCUUCCAAAUUCGCGUUGUAUCUGUUACGCUUGAGAACAUGUUAACGAGUUUUUAAGAGCUCCUCUAGAGGUCUUCGUAAGAAAAUAAAUUACAUUUUUAAAAGAUGUAAAUUACAGGUGAUUCUUUAAGACUACUUCUAGAGUUCUUAAUGUCAGUCCCAUUUACACAGCUAUAAUCAAGCAGAUCGCUGAACGUUUUUGAGUUAUUACAGCAAUUACAUGAAAACCUUACAGGCUUUAGAUGAAGCACUCCUCCUCUACAUGUUUGAUUUAGCUUCUAACAUUAACAAUAAUUUGGACGAAAUUCAACAUAGUUUAACAUAUUUUGGGUCACUAACAGGUGAAAUUGUGGUGUGGCUAGUAAAAAAGUACGCUUCUCCAUUUUAGUUACCUUUGUAAGAAAAUCCUAUGCUUUAAUUAUAGGCUAUAACAGAAGAAAACAUAAACAACUUUAUCGAAAAGAACAAACGGUAAGUUGUCAGUUACAAUUACUUGCUAUCCUUUUAAUGUCUAUGAAUAGGAAUUGAUUGAAUGUUCGUAAAUUUCUCUUUUGACCUUGUCUCAAACAGGGGUAUUUUGACUAAGAUAAGGCUUGAAGAUAUCCACGAUACGUGGGUAAGUGACUGUCGUGAGUAUUGGCCAUAGCAUUUAUCUUCCAUUUCUUAUAAGGGAGAGGAGUUUGAGAGUAGAAGGCAGUUUUUUUUUCAGAUACCGUAAAAUAUUCUCGUUUUAUGAUUCGAGAUAUUGGUGGUAAUUCGAGAGUGGCGGGGGAAGGGGGCUUAUUUGAAGGAGGCACUUAUUUCGUUCGGUUCGAGUAUUUUGCAGAACGCUGAACGCCGAAUGACGGCCGAGUAAUUGGGGUUAGGAAAGUGAGUGAAUCUGGUUCCAGGUAGGGUCAUUUAACUAGGAAAACAGAGCUGAAACUUGAUUCGCUCAAUUUCCUAACCCUAAUCAAUAAACUUCGGAGUCGUUCGGUGUUCUGCAGGUCGCCGAACGCCAAAUGCAGAACACCGAACGACUCUGAAGUUUAGUGAUUACAGUUAGGAAACUGACUGAAUCAGGUUUUAUUUAGGGUCAGUACAUACUGACCUGAAACUUCAUUCACUCAGUUUCCUAACCCAAAUCACCAAACUUCAGAGCCAUUCGGUGUACUGCAAAAUACCCCUGCGGAGAGGAGUCCAUUCCAAGGGACACAGCUUAUUCGAACGUUUACGAUAUUUUCCUUAAUUGUUUUUCAAAGUCCUAGCCUGCGUUAUAGCUGGUGUAUAUAGAAAGUGUUGCGGGGGGGGGGGGGGGGGGGGACCCAGGGCCGUGGGUGCAGUUUGCUGAGGCCUUUUCAUUUCCUGUCGUGUUUUUUUAUUUUUUGUUUUUGGUCGUACGGGCCCUGUUGGGUGGUGGGAGGUGCUUGUUGGGGGGGGGGGGGGGGGGGGGGGGGGGGAGGUACCCCGGGCUUUUUCCCGCGAGAAGGAAACGAAAGGGUAUCUGGUCACCUCGCCACCAAGAGUAGAAAUUAGCUUAAGAUUGUUUUGAACCUUCAUGAACGGAAAUUUCUUUAAAACCGUUACUUUAUUUUCAUAUUUCAAAGAAAUUGCUAGUGCUUGUGAAACGUUUCUGCCAGGGUUUUUAACCUUCAAAUGUCAAAGUUUAUAUUCACGGAACCUAUACAUUUACUAGUAUUUGCAUUAUCAAAAGCAUACUGAGACGUUAGAAGCAAGGAUCGUCAAUUAGGAUCGACAGAUUUGUAUUUGGGUGGACUUUAAAUUCGAAUAAGCUUGACGAAAAAGUAAAAAUCUUAGGUACGUAAUCCUAGGUAUUAAGCUGUGUCAUUUAUUUCAGAGUUAUUCGUUGAUGGCGAGUCGACUUCUUGUGGCGAUUUCGUUGGUGGCGAGAUGACCGUUAACCAACGAGAGGGGGUAUUUAGAACGCUGCCAUCAGUUCCCCUUUGAACUGUGAUUCUAAAUAAGGUGUUGCUAUAUGGGAACAAAAUACCGUAGUUUAAGUAGUGGGUGACCCCCUUUGAAAUAUGAAUACAGUAUCUGAAUACAUGAUCUUUUCUCUUCUAGUCAACAAAAAAGGAAGGAUACCUUAUAACAGCCUUCGUGAGACUCGAAACAAACGGUGUGUUCUUGAGUUUUUGUUUUAAAUAUCAAGUAGAAAGCAUUGCAUUUUGUAAUACUGCCCUGACUGAUUUAAACUGUGAGUUUUAAUAUUUUUUUGAUCCCUUUUUAUAUUCACAUUAGACUCACUUUUAAGUUCUGAGGAAACCUGAUUCUUUAUCAGCCCCAUGGUUUCUUUCAUGAUCAGGUUUCCUCGCCAUCUGCUUUCCUUUCACUAUCUUUAUAAUUCAACUUAAGUGUAAUGAUGUGUGAUAUGGAGAAUAAAUAUGAAUGAAUGAAUGAACGAACAAACGAACCAAUUAAAUAGGGCAGCACUACAUGUACUGUCUCGGGUUGACUACAAAUACAAAGAAGUGGAAAAUAUUUUGUUGGUUUUCUCAUUGACUUUUUUGUUUCGCAGGCGUCCAAAAUGUACCGACAUUUGCAUGUCCUCUGUUGUCUUAAAGUGAAAUCUGAAUAAAAAUCAUUCCUUGUUUUUUGUUAGCACUGACUAGGCAAUCAGUUAAUUCCAACGUAUAAAAUUAAACAUGUGGUCAUGUGUACUACGUUGUUAGUACGCUGUUUACACUAAUAUUCUCAUUUGUUUUCUACUUAACAUUUUUUUUGCACACUUUUCUGUAGCUAAAACAGGAGCCUAACUUUCCGGAGCUACUAUCUGCCGUUUAGUAUAAAUAUAUUGAUGAUUAUCGAAAAUAGAGCGCUGUGAUUAGCUAGGAUCUUCGCUUCGAUCAUCCCGCUAUAAUCACCGCAAGGUGAUCAUAACAUUGAAGGCUAGCAGUUUUCAAAGUGGCAGCCAGAUUUGCAGAUGUUUCGGAGUCGGAAAUUGAUCAAUAAUUUUAUUUUCUUGUAUAAUCAUCAAAUCAAUGUAAUUAUUAUACUAAAACAAUUAGUCGCCUCACUAGGUGUUAGAUAGACAUGGAAACGGCACCCGAGGCUUUCUGGCGAUUUAUAGAUUCAUCCUUCGCGCCCAAAACACUUUCAGCCAGUCACAACAGAGUAGGGUACAGUGAACUUUCCCUUAAGGGACACCUCUAUAAGAGGGACACCUCGGUAAAACGGACACCUAUUGUUCGUUCGGAUCAAUUUAGGUUCCUUGGAAACUGCCCACCUACCCCUCCCCUAAGCCAUCAUUUUGCCCUAAGUGAGAAGUAAGUGUUAAUGUUAUCUUAAGGGAGGGGUAGGUGGGCAGUUUCCCACAAACCUAAAUUGAUCCAAUCGUUCUUGCCUUUCUUUACGCCCUUUAUUUAACUCUCUACUACAAGAUUAACUAUUAGAUGGAAACUUAGUGCUGGUCCCAAAGGUGUACAUCUAAGAGAGAACUGUCUGUCCAACAAAUGAACAGCAGAGGAGGAAAGUGAAGAGUCAUGCGAAGAUGGCCGAAGAGUCAUCGGACUGAUCCAGCAAAUUUCACGGGAAAAAAAAUAUAUGAAUUAUUAAGGCGCUCUGUAGCCUUUACCAGGCUCUCCGUCAGUGCGAAAAAAGCGAACGAGAAGCGAAAAAAGUCGCAAGGAGCAAAACAGUGAGCGAGCGAAAAAAGGCGGGAAGGGAGAAGUUUGGUUUCAGCAUUUUUUUUUGUCCACCUCAUUCUCUCUCCCCAGUCCUCACGCGGUGUUUUUGCAGUUUUUUUCGAUCCGUUUUCCCACUGUCUUGGAGCCUAGAAUAGGCUACAAUAGGCGCUGUGACACUCGUAGGGGAUAGAGACUCUUAGAUGACAGGCUUCUGAAGGAAACAAGUAAAAAUCUAAUGUACCUUACCUUUUUUUGCUUUCUUUUUCGUAAAAUGUUUUUUGAACUACCUAUUGAUAGAGGUGUUGUAUGUCUCCCUUAACCAAAAAGCAAACCUUAACUAGCAACCAUAAAAGGUAAACGUGAGCUUUGAUGAGCAAGAGAUUGAUAUCGUGUUGUAAAUCAAACGUACCCAAAGGAAAUUACAGCUUACAACUGGCCUUAUUUCCUUUCAACAGAGGGCGCGCAAUUCUUCUCGUUGGUAAAGUCACUGGCCAGGCGUUAUGGUGACAACGAAAAACUGUACUUCUUAUGGGUCGAUCCUGAUCCUUUUCCAACGGUGAGUUAAGCAAGAGCUGCGGAAGAUUCGGACACAUCAUGCAGUGUUAAUAAGAUUGGGAAAAACUGACAACAAUACUUGACUGGGACACAUGAAGCCAAAGACCUUCCAUCCUUUGUUUAAGUUGCGGGCUAUGCCUUAUAUAUAACUGCUUCGGCUAUCAAUGAAGCUUUUCUUAAUCAGAAUUCGUUAGUUCAUGGAAUAACCUGUAGAGUCGUGGAAUCUAAGGCUGAGAAAAGUCGUGAAAUUUUAGCCUGCGUGGCAGCCGUUCGAAAGGGGAGGGGAACAAGAUUUCGGGCGCGUGAGAAGAGCGCCUUCCCUUUCGAACGCCUGCCACGCUUGCUGGUGAAAUUUAACUGUGGGUCAUGGAAACCCAUAAGGAAUUUUUUUUUAAUGAUACAAAGUCUCUCUAGUGCCGGGUGCUCUAUAGCAAUAAACGUGAUAAAAGCAAGACCAAAAUGUAAGAAAAUGCAAAAAUUAAUGCGAGUCAGAAAACUCGAUCACAAAGUCAGAAAAUACAUUAAAAACAGUUAUCAUUUUGACGGAUAUUAAAAACAGUGCCAAUAUUAGCUUAAGAUCAUGACGAUUACGGAAGGUUAUGGAAUUUUAAUGCGUUAUUAUUUACUGCUUUUUCAGCCGAUAGAAAUACAUUGAAACGCUCAUACUCCUCAACACCUGUUGAAUCUUGUUGCUCUGUGUUUGUUUUAUCGAUUUAAACCCCAUGGAAGAGGCUCAACUUUAAGAGAAAUGAACGCUUUUUCAAUAUCCAAGCGGUAUUUAUAAAGCACAGUCCGUAACACAAA